UUGUUUGUAGUAAAUUGUAGUCGAGGUCAAAUCGAAAACUUUACCGAAGUAAAUAUUUUUUGAAAAGAUGAGGAACUCUGAGGUGUCUUCUGAUUCUUCUGAUGACGAAAUCGAUAUUUUCAAGGACCGGAGUAGGCUUAAAGGUAAAAGUACUACAGAGAGCCUUCGGGUAGCUGUGCUUAAAAAGGACAUGGCAUCAGCAGCAGUGGCCACUUCGGAGGAGACGAAAGGCGAUCUUACUUUGUUGGUGGAAACCAUCGAAGAACUUAAUGAAGGAAUUGGCGUAGGUGACACACAUGCAGUCUGUCCUCCAGUUGGCGAGAAAGACAGAAAAGAGCCUGGCCUGUCAUUGAUUCUUGAUGGAGAAGACGACAUUUUUAAGCUUUGCAUGACUCCAUCAGAUGGUUUGCAAUCAAACAAUCAAGAUGCCAACAUCCCCCAGUCACCAUCAAAAAAGAGGAAGACGAACGAUCAAAAUGAAGAAAAAGACGCGGUGCGCAUAUUGUACUCUUUAAGAAUAUUCUUCAAUUCUUAUUUGUUUUUUGGAUUUUUAACCUAA